AUGUCGACAAUGGACAACAACCAGCUCUCGAUAAUUCGACAACUCGAUGUUGGCGACUACUUUUCCCAGCUUCCGGCGCAGCAGAAGCUCUAUGCUCAUCAUUUGUGUAGAGCGGCCUGGCACGGCGCGAGAAUCGUUAUGCGACAGACAUCGCCCGAGUCUAUCUCAAUCUUUGAGCUCAUAAAGUCUCUUUACAAGGAAUGCGAGGGGCAAUGGAAAACGCUAGUCAACCGUUGCGGCGUCAGCGCGAUCGAGUUGGAUGGCUUCAUGAAAUAUGCUGCAAUGUUCCUUUGCAACCUGGGUAAUUUUUAUGGCGAAGGCAACCAGAAGAUUGUACCCAGCAUCUCGCGAGACGGCCUGUGGAAGUUGGCUUGCAUCUCGGCAGAAGCCACAGAAAUUCUCGAAAGGGUUAUAGAUGCCAUAUACUCGCUGCCGCCUCACAGCUUGGGCUUUCCCAAUACAGAUUCUAUGUCAAACUACUAUCCAGGUAGUGGUCGAAUGACUAAAGAGGAAAUCGCCAAAGUCUCCAGCGUACUGGACAGUAACGACAUUGGGCCAGAAAACACACGUAUUCGAAAAAUCACAGAUGGAGAUACGGUCAUCUAUCAUGUGCUUCAAGCGUCCACCGACUAUGGCUCUACAACGGAGCUAAGCGUCGGCAACGAAUUGCAUGGUCAUGUGCGCCUCGUUGGUGGCGACCAUGGCCAAGAGCUCGCCAUCAUCUGCUCAGAGCUUGCCAAGGCCGCGGAGUACGCUACGAGCGAGACCCAAACUCAGAUGCUCUCGAAGUUGAUCGACAGCUUCCGGUCUGGUAGCAUGGAAGAAUUUCGGGAAUUCCAGAAGCUCUGGGUCACGGACAAAAGCCCAGAAGUUGAGAAUAUGAUCGGGUUUGCAGAGCCCUACCGUGAUCCGUUCGGUGUUCGUGCUGAAUGGGGCGCCGUCAUUUGCCUUACCGACCCUCAGGAGACUUUGAGAAUGCGGCGAAUUGUUGACCGCGCCAAGGACUUCAUCCACCUGCUUCCUUGGAGCAUGGAGGACGUGAAUGGCGGCAACGGUCCAUUCGAGAAACCCGAGUUUGAAGCUCCCGAGUAUACGAGCGUACAUGCCGUCGCAUUCUGCGCCAGUACGGUUUGGGGAGCUGCCAAUCUCCCAAACUACGAUGAUAUCAGGGAGACCUGUGGGACAAAGAGCUUCAAUAUCGCUAAUUGCGACUAUAACUUUAAUAGGGACCAAGUGCCUGUCAGUCCUAUAACAAAAGAACCAGUGCGAACGUGGUACCAGCCGGGCCAAACUUGGGGCGGUCUAUUUGAGGAUCUUGCCAUGUCCGUAGAGGAGAGCCGCGCAACGCUCAUCUCGCAGUAUCUCAUCGACAACCAGGAGAUAUUGUCAAUAUUUGGCUAUGAUGACUCAACAGAGCCCAGCGCUAAGGACAUCAUCUACAGCACGUACAUGCAGAUUGGUGUCGACGGGCUCCAGGCCUUGACACACUUCGAUGCUCAGGAGCAGACUUGGGGAGAGCCGCACAUGAGAGGCCACUUCGGUAUUCUGAAAUACCUUCUCGCCGAGGGUAAUGGAGUGUUGUCAGUCGAUGCUGACUUGGAUGCGCAAAACAUAACGAUACGGGUGGAUGAGGGCAAGAUUCUGUCACAUGGCAAACCAGCUCUCGGGCAGUUGCUAUGCCGGUACCAUAUUUGGCGCUGCACUGCUGAUGUGAAAUCUUGCAGAGAAUUCUAUGAACCAUUAACUUCGGUAACGGGUCAGUAUGAGGAUUGGCGACGGAUCGUUUGCCAAAAGCCGGAGACACGCUGGAAAUACGUGCAGCCAAAUACAAUUCGCAAGGAUGACGAUGUGGAGCUCAAGAUCUACGAAACGAGCGAUGAUGGCAUUAUUCGAUCGUGGAUGGAAAGGAAUAUAUAA